UUCCCGUCAAGAUCUCUCGUCGACACUGCGAUACUUCUCAUCGUUACGAAAAAUGGCACCCAAGAGGCAAGGAUUGCCUGAACUUCCUCCAAAGCAGCUAGAGCAGGAGAUAGAGACUGUCAAAGCGCUGUCGAGUCCUACUCCUCAAAGAGUUUUGGUAGCUGUCAGAGUCCGACCUCCUGUCAUUGAGCGUAAGAAUGCCCAAAAGUUUGACAAACCCCUCGGUUACGACCCGACCGCCACAUGCGUUUCAUAUAACUUGAAUAACUCGGCGGUUACUAUUGCAUGGCCAUCGGACGCUGGACCACCACGCGGGCAAUCGCCUGCGGGCGGAGCCAGCAAAACGGCGCCUAAAGAAUUUAACUUUGAUUCAGUGCUGGGAUAUGAAGAAGGGCAGAGUUCGGUAUACGAGAAAGUGGUCGAGCCAUUGAUCAGGAAGUGUCUCGAAGGUUACAACGGAUGCGUCUUUUGUUAUGGUCAAACUGCCAGUGGUAAAACGUACACAAUGGAGGGCCCAAAACGAGGAACAUCCAUGGAGAUUCCUACGGAUGCAUCCGAUAAAGACACGGGCAUCAUAUUACGUGUUGCGGCGCAAAUCACAAAGCACAUUGCCGAAGCCAAGACCAAAAAGCCUGAACUCGAGUACUUUGUUAAAGCUAGCUACCUCGAGAUAUACCAAGAGGCGUUAACGGACUUGCUUGUAGGUCGUGAUGAACAGGGAGAACUACGAAUACGUCAGGACCCAGAAUCAACAACUGGCCGAGAACUUUACAUCUCUGGUAUUACAGAGCGUUCAGUCAGCUCCAUCCAGGACUAUGUCAAAGUUCUACAAAUGGGUGGGCGGCACCGAACCGUAGGCGAGACAAAUAUGAAUGAGGCAUCUAGUCGCUCUCACGCAGUAUUGACAUUCACAAUUGAAGAGCGAAGGAAACCAUCUGAGGGGAUGUCAGCAGAGGAAGCCGAGAUGCUCGCUAAACAUGGCCGCAAACGCAGUAAAAUCCAUCUCAUCGAUUUAGCUGGUUCGGAACGCGCCAACGCAACAGGUGCAACCGGUGAUCGUCUGAAAGAAGGUUCAGCCAUCAACCAAUCUCUGUCGUCUCUUGGGAAUGUAAUCAAUGCCCUAACCACCGGUGCAAGACAUGUACCAUACCGGGAUUCAAAGUUGACCUAUCUCCUUAGCGACAGCUUGGGAGGUAACUCGUUGACAUUGAUGAUCACUUGCAUUACCCCAACGCUUGCGAAUCAUGAUGAAUCCCUUUCAACGCUUCGUUUUGCCGAACGUGUCAAGAAGGUCCGCAAUGUCGCCAAGGUCAACGUCGAUGCAACCAUGAUGCGUAUAAUGCAAAUGGAAGCCGAAAUUCGUGAAUUACGCGAAAUCCUCUCCAAGUGCACUUGCGGCGCACGCCGGGCAGCGCAGGAUGCGUGGACAAUGGCUGGAGGUGCAGCUGGUAAAGAUGCCUCGACGAGCAUGAGCAUGAAGCUGCCAUGGUGGAAACGUAUCUGGAAACAGUGUACGGUGUGUGUGCCUUCAAAAACCACAUCAGAGAAAAUGUGGCCAAAUGGCAGGGUCGCGCCGGUCAACGUUGCUCGCAGUAUGCCAAUGACCGAGACUGCAGAAACGGUUCUAAAGAGUGUUAAGGGAAAGUUGACGUUUGCUUGACACGCUUUAUUAUUUACUUUCAAAAGCUAGCCAUGAGGUGGAUGUGUUGUUGAUAUUAGUGCUUUUUGUACUUAAUGUAAUGCUAUCUUACGUUUCCGACCCCAGGAUGGCCUUAAGGUGGUUUGUGAGAUAUGAAGGGAUGUUCUGCUCUAAUUUAUACAAGUGCCAACGAUCUAUAAACUAUUUAUCAGAGUUAAUCAAUUCAACUACUUUUUACCGCGUAUUUCUUUGCCAUUACGCUUGAUGUCCUGGGCGGCAGUUGUUCGUCGGUGUGUGGGC